CCAGAAACCGUUCUCAAGUGCUCUCGCCUACUUAUCAAAGGUUCGAGUUCGGCUGAGUGUUCGUAACUUCCAACAUGUUAUCCACAUCUACAUACCACAUCCACAUCACCUAUUUUCCCGUGCGAGCACGAUGUGAACCAGUGCUACUCAUUCUCGCAGAUUCGGGAACCCAGUUUGAGUACGAAGAAAUUCCCCAGGUGAAGUGGGUAGAAAUGAAGAAGGCAGGCCAAGUUACACCUGCGAUGUUUCCAUACGGUGGCGUACCUAUUCUCCGAGUAACAGACAAAAGCUCCAAACAAAGAAGCGAAUUUCUGCUUGGAGAGACUUCAGCUAUCCUGUCUUACCUUGAGGAGAUCGUGACACUGCCAGGAACUACGUUGAAUAAAGACCUCCCACUCCAAACCCGUGCACGCACACAGAUGAUCAAGGAAGCAUCUUUGUUCUUCACCAACAGAGUAUGGGGAUUGAGUGUGGAAGAGGAUUGGCUAGCACCACCAUCACGAGAUAAGAUUUGGAAAGCCAUCACCGUGCGAUACCUGCGCAACACAGAAGCUGCACUCGGAGAACUGCAGAAGGAGAUGAGAGUAGUGCCAGAAGAGAUGGGCCCACUGACUGCGCUUCAUGCAACAGUGGCAGCAGCCAUCACAUUUAUAACGCAAGUGUUUCCAUCUGUCAAGCGGGGGCUGGUACCUGGAGGGAAUUUUCCGUUGUGCGGGCAAUUAUGGAUAGCAGUCAUGACUCGCCCAAGAAUUGUUGCAUAUUGGAAGGAACAUGCGAUCGCCGAGAAGGCAUGGACGAUAACGGAGUACGGGACAGCAGAGUGGAUUGCAAGGGAAGCAGCAAAGUAUGACUCGCCGAGCUUGCUGGCCAAGUUAUGACAGUAUCAAUGGAUUCCUCAACUAACGUUGAACGUCUGGACGCGUAUCUUAAUGUAUCCCGCUAACGUAAUUGUGUAUCCCGCCUCAGCAAAUGAUUCCGUCGCUAUGGCAUAAAGUGCCCCACGGGCCAAGCGGGAGUAUUUUAUUAUCAGAAUAUUAUACCUGGAACAUAGCUGGUGAUGGAGCCUGCGAGAGAGAAAGAGCAUGAUGACCGACGUGCACUAUAGUUCCUUGAUUAAUUUUUAGCAAAC